ACUAUUAAUCUAUACCCUAAACAAAUACUUAAAAUAAAGGCAAAAGGCCCAAAAAGGACUUAAUUUGAUUUGAAAAUAAGUUUAGGAGUUAGGUUGUCGAGGGUGAACAAAUUCAGGACUAAGAUUGUGUUUUUUCCAUUUCCACUAGUUCUACAGAAACUCGUCUUCCUUUCCUAAACCUUGAAGACGACUCGUCUCUUUCAUCAGUGUUAGAGAGAAAAAGAGAAUGGAAACCCCAGGAGAAUGGUUGGAGAAGGCGUUGGUGGAUUUGUGCAAGAGGGUGGAGACGGGAUUGGUUUUGGAUGGAGAAAUCAUCUCCGGUUUAGUCUCCUACUGCGAGCUCGCUCAGCCCCUUGAUGCCAAGGAAUAUCUUGACAAUAUUAUUGGCCAGGAAGCAGGAAAAAGUGUAACCGAAGAGUACUUGCAGCGGAGAGGUCACUUAGAUCCCUCCAGUAGCAUGACUGACAUUCCAACUUUAAAACUACAACCCUAUGUCAAACCUCCUUCAAGUGAAGGUUCUUUAAAUGGAACCAAGAAGUUAUUUAAAACUUCAAAAGAGAUUUCAGGCUAUGGUUAUCAACCUGAAUUGAAACAAGUCACACUCCCGGGUUAUCAGACUGAACCAAAAAAGAAUGCUGUUUCUAGUAAUCAAGAAAAUUGGCCCCCAACUGAGACCAGUGAAUCAAGUACCAACACACAUAAAGGAAAUCAGAGCAAGCCUAAGAAGAAGAAAGCUGGCAAAGUUGUUUCACUUGCUGAGGCUACCAGAGGGUCAAUAGUAUUCCAGCAGGGGAAACCAUGCUCUUGCCAAGCCCGCCGGCACCAACUGGUAAGCAAUUGUUUAUCUUGUGGUAAGAUAGUCUGUGAGCAAGAGGGGGAAGGGCCUUGCAAUUUCUGCGGUGCUCUUGUUCUGAAAGAAGGAAGUACAUAUGCUGGCUUACAAGCAAGCUUGACUCCUUUGUCAGAUGCUGAAGCAGCAGCUGAAGCUUAUGCUAAAAGGCUUGUUGAAUAUGACAGAAACUCUGCAGCACGUACUACAGUUAUUGAUGACCAAAGCGAUUAUUAUGAGAUUGAGGGUAACAGCUGGCUUUCGAAAGAGGAAAAGGAACUUCUAAAGAAGAAACAAGAGGAAAUGGAAGAAGCUGAGCGUGCCAAACGAAGUAAAGUGAUUGUGACUUUUGAUUUGGUUGGCCGCAAGGUCCUGUUGAAUGAAGAUGAGGUUUCAGAACUAGAAUCCAAGAACAGUAUAUUACUAAGACCAACUGAUGAAAGAGAAGUGAACCGAAUUAAACCAAAUCCAACUCUCAAAGUGCAACCAGUUUUUGUGAAUCCAGGCCCGUUGAAUAAGAAGCCUUCUAAGGAUGGCCAACCAAGUAAGAGCAUCUCCAAUGGCCUGUGCUUGGAGAUCACUGGAAGGGUGCAGCAUGACAGCAAUGAGUCGAAACAUUUUAUGACAAACAAGGAGGUUGGGAUGACUUCAGAGAGUACAUCUUGGCAAGGGCCAUCAGUAAAUGCCAGUCUGCAAGACAAUGAUAAUGUUGAAUGUUCUUUAGAUUACCAUUAGAUUCAACAUCCAACCCACCAUGAAUUUUGGUUCUCUCUUCCAUUUGGGCAUCAACCAAUUUGCCAGAACACAAUUUUCUGGCAUGAAUCACAAAGAUGACCUUGUUUCCUGCUUUGCUUGGAAAACAAAGUAAAUAAAGCACUGCUGUGUUUCUUUUUCCUGAAUAUCAUGUUAUAUACAGGGUGAUCUUACUUAAUGGUUCAUUUAGGUUUCUAUGCAAAAUUUGAGAGAGAUGGGUGAGUUGAAUGACUCCAGAUGUACAGUUUCUGUAUUAAUUCUGUUCUCUCCAGUCCAGAUUCAACAUUUCAUUUGGAAUUAACAAGCAUUUUCAACGAUCAAUCUUGGAUUCGAGAGUUUAAACUCUUAUAGUUCUGCUGUAUGAGGAAUUGGAGAGGUUGACUGGAGCUGCCUUGGAUGAUGUCUUUUUGUUCAUGAGUUUCAUUCUCACGAAAGGGCGGUUUGGUAUAGCGGUUUUAGAGAUAGUAAUUAAUAGUUUCAGACUAA